GUAUACACAUGGCACUCAUAACCUAAUUUUACCUAACUUAACCUAGCUAACCUAACAUAAGACUCGUAACAAUACGUGACAUGAGUGUUGCUUUGUUACUUAUCGUAAUGAUUAUUAUUUGAGAUAAUUGGACGAUUUAUCAGUGAUAUCAGUAUCAGAGCAAUUUAUCAGUGAUAUUACAUUUUUCACAUCACCAUUUGUACAGAGAGAUUUACAAAAUGGCUCAGAGUGCUGCUCUGUUAACACGCAUAGUUGCAUCCUCAAUAUGUGCCACAGUGCAAGCUGGCAAAAUAAUUCGAGAUGUUCUAAGUAAGGGCGGAUUAAAUAUAGUGGAAAAGGGAAAGAAUGAUCUGCAGACGGAGGCAGAUCGUUGUGCCCAACGGUGUAUUGUAGCUUCGCUUAGCCGUCAAUUUCCAAAUAUCACAAUCAUUGGCGAGGAAGAGCCUUCAAGUUGCGAAGUGCCCUCCGAAUGGAUUGUCACGGAAGCAGAUCAGGAUGUGUUGCAACUGAAAUUGCCGAACCACUUGGAGGACAUUAAUCCUAAGGAUGUAUGCGUUUGGGUAGAUCCUCUGGAUGGUACGGCAGAAUACACCCAAGGAUUGGUGGAACACGUCACGGUAUUAGUUGGUGUGGCAAUCGGCAAAACAGCGAUCGGAGGCGUGAUACAUCAACCCUAUUACAAGAACAACGAGAGCGACGCAUACGGUCGUACAUUGUGGGGCAUCGACGGCGUGGGUUUCGGGGGAUUUGCACCGAAACCACCUCCGGAGGAGAAGAGGAUAAUCACGACCACUCGUUCGCAUUCCGAUGGCAUUGUCCAGAGUGCCAUAAAAUCGUUGGAUCCUGACGAAGUGGCACGCGUUGGUGGCGCGGGCCAUAAGGUGAUUCUUCUGCUGGAGGGAAAAGCUCAUGCGUACGUAUUCGCCAGUGGCGGAUGCAAGAGAUGGGACACCUGCGCGCCCGAAGCCGUUCUUCAUGCCAUCGGAGGCGUCUUGACCGAUCUUCAUGGAGAACGCUAUUCGUAUAAUCCCGAAACGACGCGCGCAAAUACGAGAGGUGUACUAGCUACUGCGCCUGGUCAGUCACAUCAGUGGUAUUUGAGUCGUAUACCUGAUGAAGUGAAGCAAAAGUUGCAAUAGAUAAUCAUAUCGACAUACUAAUCACGGUAUUUUUAAUUAUUUCGUAUAUAUAUAUAUAUUUAAUUAUCAAAGACGCUCUCAGAUGCGGCGUCAAGCGUUUUCCCAUAUAAACGGCAUUGAUGUCGCACCUCGUCUUCCGCCGAAAUUUUUAAUACUCGUUCUCUGGGUAAGAUAAACCAUGAUGUAAGUAUACUUACAUCAUGAGAUGAACAUUCCACGUAGGGAUUUUACACACUUUAAUAUUCUAUACGAUAUGUAAAGAGCAAAGUACAAAAGCAGCUAUGUUUAAUGUAAUGCACGUACAAUAAGAGGAACAAUAAAGUGUCAGGUAGAGGU